AUGCGUGUUUUGAUAACUAACGAUGACGGUCCCCUGAGUGAUCAAUUUUCACCAUACAUCAGACCCUUUAUUCAAUAUAUUAAGAGAUCUUAUCCUGAUUGGGAAAUUACAAUCUGCGUGCCACACGUUCAAAAAUCAUGGGUCGGUAAGGCUCAUCUUGCUGGUAAGAACUUGACGGCUCAAUUUAUAUAUUCCAAAGUCGACGCUGAAGAUAAUACUUUCUGGGGUCCUUUUAUCCAGCCCCAACUAAAGUCGAACAACUCCAAAUUGCCUUACGUUUUGAAUGCAGAAAUUCCGAAAGAUGCGAUCGAGUGGGUAUUGAUUGACGGAACCCCAGCAUCGUGUGUAAAUAUCGGGUUACAUUUACUCUCUAACGAUCAAUUCGAUUUAGUGCUGUCAGGUCCAAAUGUUGGCAGAAAUACAUCUGCGGCGUAUAUUACAUCAUCUGGCACAGUGGGUGGUGCAAUGGAAUCCGUUAUUUCAGGAAAUACAAAGGCAAUUGCUAUAUCAUGGGCCUACUUUAAUGGGUUGAAGGAUGCUUCUCCUGUACUGAUGCAAAUGGCCUCCAAGAGAUCCCUAGACGUUAUAGAUCAUCUUGUGAAAAACUGGGACCCAAAGACCGAUCUAUAUAGUAUUAAUAUACCUUUAGUGGAGACUCUUAAUGACGAUACCAAGGUAUAUUAUGCGCCAAUCUGGGAAAACAGAUGGACUCCAAUAUUCAACGGGCCUCAUAUUAAUUUAGAGAAUAACUUUGCUGAGAUCGAAGAUGGUAACGAAUCAUCAUCGAUUUCCUUUCACUGGGCUCCAAAGUUUGGUGCACAUAAUGAUUCUAUCCACUACAAGAACGAGUAUAAAGAUAGGACUGCUUUAACUGAUGCUGAAGUCAUAGAAUCCAAAAUGAUUAGUGUUACGCCUAUGAAAGCCACGUUCAAGGGUGUUAAUCAUCUACUUGGAGAGUUAAAGCUGACUCAAAAAGAAAACGGUUCACCAAAGAUAAAUAGCCUUGCAGUGGUGAGUAUCGAUCCAAUGGAAUAUAUAUAUAAACCUUUAACGAGCGCAUUGAAAAAAUACUUGCCACAGUUGGAAAUCGUGCCAAGCUUACCAGAAUUCGAGAGUGGUAAACACGAAAACCAAACGAAGAUUUUCCACUACGGUGACUAUGAGCAACUAGACAUGGACAAAUUAAUGGAACUACCAAAAAAUUAUUACACCAACUCUUAUAUAUACAGAAAAGCAUUGAUCAGAAAGCACUUUCUUUCGCACACUAUCCAAACGUAUACAGCAAAACAUCCAGAUUCCAUUUUGAAGAAAGCAUAUUUAGAAUCGUUCACUAUUGAUUUAGACUAUGCAGAAUUUUUAGAUGAUGCAUUAGACGAAAACUGGGAGUUACGUCAAGAAUUGGAAAACGAAAGUAAAGGCAAAUGGUGGAUUGUGAAACCAAGUAUGAGCGAUAAAGGUCAAGGUAUUAGGGUAUUCAAGACCAUCCAAGACCUACAAGCCAUUUUCGAUUCUUUUGAUGACGAAGAUAGCGAAGCGGAAGAGAGUGGAAAUGACGACGACGCAAAUGCAGAAUUCAUGGAUAAUAACAAAGUAAAUAUCUCCCAAUUGCGCCACUUUAUCAUACAAGAAUAUUCAACGAGCCCAUUAUUGCUAUCAUCCAUGGAUAAUAGAAAGUUUCAUAUAAGGUGUUAUGUUGUUUGUAAAGGGGAUUUACAAGUAUUCGUAUACGAUAGGAUGCUAGCACUAUUUGCUGCUAAACCGUUUGUCCCUCUAGAUCCUAACACAUAUUCCGUAACAGAUUUGAAAGAUUUGGAGUGCCAUCUGACUAAUACAUGCUUGCAAAGCAAGAAGAAAGAUAAAGAUUCUUCUGUUUUGGAGUUUGAUUCCCUAGAAGAAAUUCCAAACGAGAAAAAGUUGAAAAUUAAGGAACAGAUUCAUUGCAUAACAAAUGACGUUUUCUUAGCGGCAGUAAAUGUAAACAGGCUAAACUUCCAACCGUUACCAAAUGCGUUUGAGACCUAUGGUGUAGAUUUCUUGGUCGAUUCGGAUUAUGAAGUCAAGUUAUUGGAGAUCAAUGCUUUCCCAGAUUUCAAGCAAACUGGUAAAGACUUGAAGGACCUCAUUGAUGAAUUGUUUGACGAUACUGUCAAGUAUUGUGUUGCCCCAAUCUUUAAAGGUAACAACAAGAUCGAAGAUGAAGAAGAUCCAAACUUUGUAAAGGUUAUCGACUACACUUCAAAUGAUUGGUGA